CGACAGCUGACAGUACUAUGUGUCAAAGUGAUUGCUAAAUAUUUUGUGGAUUUCUAUGAAAUAGAAAAUUACUGAAAAUUAAUAAAUAGUUCUACAACACUUUCUUUCAUUGUGAAUUGAUAAAUAUUAUUUUUGUAACCACAAUGACAAUGGGUGAUGAACUACCUGUUACUUCUUUAGUUUUACCCGUCCUCAUACGUCCCGUUUUAACACAGUUGGAGAAGUAUGAUUUGGGUGCAUCUCAGACACUCCGUGCUGCCCUUACAAAGGCAGAAGCAGCAGUGCCUGGCCUCAACUAUGACCUGGUGGCAGGGAUCAUGAGGAGAGCUGAUAUACCCGUGAACAUGAAUGAGAGUUUGCUACGGCUUCAAGGAACCCUAACUGAAGCUGAAUGUGCAGAUUUAAGACUGAACAGGACUGAAGAAGCAUUCCAAGAAUUGAAUAAAAAGUCUACAGCUUUGAAGAAAAUCCUGAGCCGUAUCCCUGAUGAGAUCACUGACCGCAAGACCUUUUUGGAGACAAUCAAAGAAAUUGCUUCAGCCAUAAAGAAAUUACUGGAUGCUGUGAAUGAAGUAUCCACAUAUACACCAGGCACCGGCAAACAGGUUCUAGAGCAGAGGAAGAGAGAGUUUGUGAAGUAUUCUAAGAGAUUCUCCAACACUCUGAAGGAAUACUUCAAGGAGGGACAGGCUAAUGCAGUUUUCGUCAGUGCUUUAUACCUGAUACAUCAGACUAAUCAAAUCUUGUACACUGUUAAAAGUAAGUCUGAGUAAAGUUCUAAGAAAACAGAGAACCAGUAUUUAAAAAUAUAUACAUUUUAACCAAUUAUAUUGUAUUAUGUAAAUGUUUAUAUUACAAAUAUUAUUAUAACUUUACUUUUUGUUAAUAACUUGGACACCUUAGUAUAAUUUUCUGUUAAAUGUUUUGGUCCAUGGGGAGGGAAUUAUUAUAAUUUUCAUAGCAAACAUUAUUAUGUAAAUAAUAUAUAAAAUGUCCUUAUAAUAAGGUUUGAUAAAGGGGUGUGUUAGAACACUCAUGUUUAAAUCGUUGAUUUAUUGAGAAGUACAUAAAAGUAACAAUUGUAAUGAACAUUCUGUUGUAAUGCACAUAUAAAUCUAAAAUGAUAGAUUGGAUGGUGUAUUUAGAUAUUUCACUUGAGAAAUAAAUAUAGCUAUUUUUUUAGUAUUUAGAUAAAAUUGUAUACCAUUUUGUUUUUGCUUAUUAUUACGGAAAAUUAAUGCUGUUGAUAUAUUAUUGUCACAUAGUUAUACUUCAGUAGAACAAACAUGUAACAUCUAAGUGGUAAUAGAUUUGGUUUGGAUUAAGUACAGUAACUUACUCAUAGUUCACUUAAAACUUUAAUAUUUUAUUAGACAAUCCUUUCUAAAACACUUCCUAGUGUAAAUCUUUAGUAAAUUCAAAGAAAAUUCGUGCGGAAAGCUUCCUAGUUACUAAUCGUGUUUUCGGAGAAUUUUGAUCCAAAGCAACAGUUUUUAGACUUGAAAUUUGCAUUAGUAUUGUCAUUAGGCAAUUUUUGUGUAGAAACUGGUUAUAGUUUGACCAAUACCGCUGUA